CUGACUUAGUUGAUGAACUGGCUGUGGUGGUGAAUUUUUCGCUCUCGUGGUAAUCAUCCCAGUCAAGGCAGUCAGCGUGACAAGCUGCCACUGAAAACUAUCCGUUUGACCAGAUGAAUUCGUCGUGUGACUAUAUAUCAAGAUCUACCGAAAUGGGCCAAGUGCUCAUGUAGUAAUUGUUGAGUAUUUGGACAUCGCUUCCUCGAGGUUGUGUAGGUCCUGGUGACAUUUAUUUAAUUUUUUUUUUUUAAUCCACCGAAUUAAUCCACUUAAUCGCUAAUUCCCGAGUGGAUAUUCAUUUGGUCGAGCUAUUUCUUGGUAUUCGCUGAUUAUCGUAGACGCAAUUGUCAGCGAAAUGGAGCAGAAGAGGGUGUACAAGGUCGUACUUACUGGAGGUCCUUGCGGGGGCAAAACCACCGGCCAGACUCGUCUCUGCACAUUUUUUGAGAACAUGGGAUGGAAGGUGUUCCGUGUCCCCGAGACAGCGACUGUGCUGCUCAGUGGUGGAAUCAAGUUCUCAGAUCUCACAGCAGAAGAGGAGAGAGUGCGAUCACGUCGUCGAUUAUGGAGGAAAAGUCGUACGAUUGAGAUUGACAGAUUGAAGUCACCAAAAUGUGAAUAUUCUGGGGAUAAGAGGACACUGAGAAAUUGGAGCAUGACUGAUGAUAGUCAAGCCAAGUGGCCGGAGCUACUCAAGGUCGGCUCUGGUGAGGGUUUCAAAUUCCAGGAGAAUCUUCUGAAGACGAUGAUCCAAAUCGAGAAUACAUUCUUCCAGCUGGGUGAAUCAUGCAGCAGAAAUUGCCUGAUAAUUUGCGACCGCGGUGCAAUGGACGCAUCAGCUUUUAUCUCCAAGGACAAAUGGGAUUUGAUGACAUCCUCAAACGGCUGGAAUAACGUGGAACUCCGUGAUAAUCGAUACAAUCAGAUUAUUCAUAUGGUAUCAGCUGCGAAUGGAGCUGAGGAUUUCUACUCGACUGAAGAUCACGCGUGCAGAUCAGAAGGUGUUGAACUAGCUCGUGAGCUCGAUUACAAAGCAGCUGCUGCUUGGGUUGGACAUCCUUACUUCGAUGUUAUCGAUAAUUCCCAGGACUUUGAGUCCAAAAUCUGUCGCAUGAUUGAAUGUAUUUGUCAGAAAUUGGGGAUUGAUACCGGUGAUCGAUUGAGAGCUAGCUCUCGGAAAGUCAAAUUCCUGGUUAAAGGACCUCUACCAGCUGACAGUGAUUUUCCACCAUUUCAGGACUUUGAUGUUGUACACAACUAUCUGCAGAGCAAAACACCCAAGUUACAGGCGAGAUUACGUAAACGUGGACAGAAAGGUCACUGGUCGUACAUUCACACCCUGAGGAGACCGAAAAUGUGCGGACAAGUCGUCGAGGUGAAGACUCAGCUGACGCAUCGGGACUACUUGAAUAUGCUUGCACAACGUGACGAUUCACACUUUACAAUAUUCAAGCGACGUAGAUGUUUUCUCAUCAAUAAUCAGUAUUUUCAGCUGGAUAUCUACCGGGAACCUGGACACCCGAGGUGUAGGGGAUUGAUGCUUUUGGAGACGUAUACAGCCCUCGCUGGUGAGGAACUAAAAAACAUUCUGCCGAGUUUUUUAUCAAUCGAGAAAGAUGUCACUGGCAAUCCGGAUUACAGUAUGUUCAAUCUAAGCUUGAGAGAGGAGUGGAAUACCACUGGCAGCAAGUACUCCUAUUUACACAGCGCAACCAACGGUGCACUGAGGGUAAAUUUUACAAACAACCACUGUGACACCAAGGAUGACAACAAAUUACACCAGAUUAAUGGGGUUAAUGAGUUGAAUGAAGAUAAUGGAGUGAAUGGUGAUAAAAAUGCUUAUGAUAGGCAGAAUGGUAUUGAGAUAGGGUUCAAUGGGGUUAAACAAAAUGGUGUGUGUAGUCAGAAGAAAAUUGAUGAGAAUAUCAAUAGUGAUUGUAACAAUGCGCUCAAUAAUCGAUUGAAGAUUUGAGGGGGUGUUUAAGAGAUCGGGGGUUUAUAUUUAUUUGUCGGGAAGUGGUAAAACGAUAUUUGGCCAAAUUUUUUUUCAAUAUUUUACAUUGUUUUUAUUAUUAUUAUUAUUAUUAUUAUUAUUAUUUCUUAAAGAGAAUUAUU